AUGGCCGAACUACGCUCCGCUGUUUAUGUUGCGCCCCCUACUCCUGCCAUCAGACCUCCACCAGGUCCUCCUACUGGAGAUUGGUCCCCGAUUUCAUGCACUUUGAUCUACUCGGCAACAGAAGCGGUGCUUGUCGACACUCCCAUCACAAUCAAGCAGACCGAAGCCCUCAUUGAAUGGAUCGAGAAGAUUGCCCCCAAUCGCAAGCUGUCCUACAUCUACAUCACCCACGGACAUGGCGACCACUUUUUUGGCAUCCCUCAGUUACUCAAGCGGUUCCCUUGGCCACCCAAGACGUGGGAAUUUCGGUUCCCAGAACAGAUCUACCGGCCUUUCCAGUUAGCUCAACCGUUGCCUGAGGAUUGUGGCCUGCAGUUCAAGCUUCAGGACCGUUGGGUCUUCCAGGCCAUCGAGUGCGGACAUUCGGACACAUAUGACUCUACUGCUCUUUGGGUGCCCCAUCUUAAGCUCGCUGUCUGUGGUGAUGUCGUCUAUGGACAAGUACACCAGAUGUUGUACGAAGCCAACACAAGGGCAAGGCGAGAGGAAUGGAUCCGAGGGAUUGAGAAGAUUGAGGCCCUGAACCCGGUCUACGUCGUUCCCGGCCAUCGCCAGGCCGAAGAGAUCGACGGAACUUGGCAUCUGGCCGCAACCAAGAAAUACAUAGAGGAUUUUGGGCGUGUGCUCCAAAAGAAACCAAAAGAUGCUCAGGAGCUUGUUGGCCUAAUGAUUAAUCUGUAUCCGGAGCGGUACAACCCCAACGCCCUUCAGUUAAGCGCUGCAGGGGUCUUCAUGGCGCCCGAGGAGGAACGAGUCUAA